AGCUCUACAGAUUGUACUUAUGACCCAAGGUCUGGCAAACCAAAAGAUAAUUUCGUGAUAAAAGCUUCUGUCCGUGGAUGCUCAAGACUGUUCGGAUGCUCAAGACUAUCCGGUUGCUCCAUUAGAAGGCAUUUGGAGCAUACUGGAACUUUUUCAGACUUUGGUAAAUUGAAGAGGAUUUUCUCUGAUAUUUCUGAGGUUGAAUUUCUCAGAGUGGGAACUAAGCUUGCCACAAACUUUGCGCUUGCAAGAAAUAGAGAAUGGUGCGCUUUCGUUACAACAAAUGGUUUCAAGGAUUGUCUUUCGAUCGGUGACCAGACGAGACCCAAAUUGUUUGCCGAAGCUAUUAACCUCUGGAUUCAUUACGCGACCUUAUUUUUGAGACUGGCGAGAGAGGAUCCUUUUUAUAGCAUGUGA